AUGGUGCCUAGGAUCUCUGGGACUCCCUCCGCAGUAUCGCCGUCCUCGUCGCUGUCCCGGGUGUCAGCCUCAUCCUCAUUCCCACUCCACACACGGUGGACUUGGGGCCCCAAGAAGACCCUGGUACGGCGCUAUCAUCGCGCGGUUUGGCCUUCCUACGGGAUCACCACCCCCGUCCCCGACCGUUGCCCGCAGUUCCCCAUCCUCAGAUCGCCCUUCUACUUUCAAACAGGCUACGCGCUGUGCGCGAAACGGACCCCCCGACCCUUUCCACCGCCGUUCUUGUCUCCGCCAUCAUCGUCCUUCUCGGAUCCAUUGACAACACACUAUCACAGUCAGGAUAAGAGAUUAUCCGUCAGAGGCGAGCUCGUACGGGGUCUGAACAACGGCGAUGAUGCGGUGCUGGUUACGGAGAAUUUACUGGGGGUGAACGACGGGGUAGGAGCGUGGGCGACGAAACCAAGAGGUCAUGCAGCACUGUGGUCUAGGCUUAUACUCCAUUUUUGGGCAUUGGAAAUCGAGCGAAUAUCCAAUCCAGAAGCCACAGUCGACCCUAUCGCAUACCUUCAACGAGCCUACGAAGAAACGACAGAAGCUACAGCCGCCCCGAGCGAAUGGUUUGGGACGACAACGUCGGUAACCGCCCUCCUGCACAAGAAGUUAAGCGACAGCGGCACGGAGAAGCCGUUAUUAUACGUGACGAAUAUAGGCGACUGCAAGGUCCUGGUGAUCCGGCCCACCGAACAAAAGGUCAUUUUCCGAACCCAGGAACAAUGGCACUGGUUCGACUGUCCGAUGCAGCUGGGGACGAAUAGCGUGGAUACACCGCGCGAGAACGCCGUGCUGUCGCUGGUCGACUUGCACGAAGAGGAUAUUGUUCUCGCGCUCUCGGAUGGGGUCCUUGAUAACCUCUGGGAACAUGAAAUUUUAUCUAUCACGCUCGAGGGCCUCAAGAAGUGGGAUCACGGACGGCACGACGACAAGGAGCUUGACUGGGCGCCGCCAGCUGUGCUUGCGGAAGAGAAAAUGGUAUUCCUGGCUCGGGAAUUACUGAAAGCCGCGCUGGCGGUGGCUCAAGAUCCAUUUGCUGAGAGUCCUUAUAUGGAGAAGGCGGUCGAAGAAGGCUUAGCCAUCCAGGGUGGGAAAAUGGAUGAUAUCAGUGUGGUUGUUGGCGCUUGCAAGAGGAAGCGCGAAACACACCAGGACUCGACGAAAUCGUCAUCUGAUGAUCGGCCGGCUAGCCGAUCAUGA